AAACUCUGCAGACCCUUUUCUUCUCUCUCACCUCAUCAACUACUCUCCGUCGUCGGCGUGGUGGUUAUGUGAGGCGCGCGGCCAAUUCACUCACCGAAACAUGACGUCCUCCUCCGGCGCCAGCAGGUACACGGCCUUUUCGCCGUCGCCCUCCGCUCCUUCCUCUCUUUCUCUUUAUUACUCUCUCUAUAUGUACAUAUGUGUGUGGAUUGCAAUGGAAGUGUAGCAUUAUUUGAUUGAAUGGGGAUGGAGUAAGGAAGAGAAAGGGUUUGGUUUAGUUUGGUUGGGUUUUUGUUUCAUUACUAAGUAACAGAAUGAGUGCAAGCUGCUUGGUAGCAGAGACAAUAUGGAAGGAAAUUGAGUCUACACACAAAGUGAAUGAUGAUCAACUUUGGACUUUGCAUUUCUUGUUUGGCAAGAACUUCGAGGGAGCCACUAGAAUUGUUGACCAAAGAGGUGUCAACAAGAUAUCUGCUCAUCCCAGUGGAAGGUUUAUCUUUCAGGUUACAGGAGAAUCCCGAAGAAAAGACCAAUAUCUCUGUUUUGCAGAGAAUUUUUGUGCUUGUCAUUCUUUCUUCUAUGAUGUCGUCAACAGAGGAGAACAACUUUGUUGUAAACAUCAGUUAGCUGCAAGACUUGCUGCAUCUUUGGGAUCAUAUGCUGAAGUUAACGUGUCUGAUGAGGAGCUAGCUCUGUUACUAUCCAGAAUAUAGCCCUUACUUUGUAGAUUAACGCAUUAUAAUUUAUUUAAUAAUGAUUUUAUAGAGCAAGGAACAUAUCAUCUUUAGUUUUAGUUAAUAUGUAUUACAUGGGCAAAAGAAAGAACAUCUUAUCCGUAAAAAAGUGUAUUUAGAUGGGCAAAAGCAAUAGAUGAAGCACUAAAGCCAUUUGUGGUAGACAUUUUAACAUUUUUUCUUUCUUUUUAAUAAACUAACCCAUACAAGCUUUCAAAAUUUGUUUGAUUGAGAUUGGAAUGAACCAAAUAAUUUCUGAAGCGAGUGUUUUUACUAAGAGAAACAUCAGGUUAUUCCAAAUUUCCAAUGAACUGAGUGUUUGCAAGUUUUCUUAGGAAAAUUGUUCUGAGUUUAGCUUAAAUAUUGUGAUAAUAAUGUAAAGUUGUUUUAAUAUAACGGUUAAUUAGUUUUGAAAGAGUGGAUCUACAUCGUGCUUGAUGCAUUUUUUUUGGGAAUUUUGUUGAUUAGGAAAUCAGUAGAGAAAUGCUUGCAAUGCACGCUUUUAAACACAUUAUCAUCUAUUAACUAAAAUUUAUUUAAAAUCACAAUGUCGUGGGGUCUCUAAUUAUGAGCUCCACUCAGCUGGAUUUGACCACUCUAAAGUGAGGGAAUGCACUGUAGAAGUGACGAAAAUAUACUUAACAGGAUUAAGUGAAAUAAUAUGUAUUAAUUAGAAACCAAGUAUUGACUUUAAUUAGAUCUAGAUUUUUUUUUUCUCAUUUUAUCACAAUUUUAAACCAUUGAUUUUCUGAUAACAUAUUGUAAGUUGCACUUUUAUCUAAAGUCAAGUGCACCAGUGAAUUUAGAGGACCCAAAUCCCCACUCGUGACUUCGUAGUUUUCCAUAAAUUUUCAUCAACGAUAGUGUAUAAGUCUUGUAGAAAGUGUGUUGCUUGCCUUCAAAUUUAGCAGGGAGUUGAGUUCUCUUAAAUACAUUAUUUGCUAACCUGUAUCAGAAAAUUUAAAUUUCUUUUGCCCUUAACGGUUGUUAAAUGUUAAUUUCUAUCUUGAUGUUUAAAUUUAUUAUUUCUUUUUCUAUUGGCCUGUUACCAACUUUGCAUGUUGUUCAUAAAAGGAGCUGAUUUUAGCAGUUUAGAUGUUACCAUGAAAGAGAUAGACUCAGCGAUAGGGUGGGUGGAUGAGCCUGUCAACAUGUUGCAUGUGAUGACAAUUUUUUUGGUUCUGUGAUGUACCAUGUAGCAUAACAGAGCAUUGUAAAUAUAUGGGAUAAAGUUACAUUUUUUGUGUCAAAGGGCUAUAAAUGAACACCACUAACUUCAAAGUCCAUUCCAACCUUUUUGGUUGGUAGACCUCCCUUUGUUGGGUGCAGAUAGGAUAACAUCUACACUUGAUAACAUAAAGUCCUACUUGACCUUCCAAUUUAGGUCAAUCAAACAUUAACGGAUACCAGCAAAGUAUGCCAAAGGUCCAACAAAAGCACCAUUGAUGUAAGUUGCAGGCUCAGAAUGGCUGUAAUCACUGCGGUCAUCUGGGAAUCCAUCAUUUUGGUUUGGACCUCCUACUACAGCUCCAAUCAAUAUGUUAGGAUUAGGGUUCAUUGAGUGGAAAAAUGGUUCAAACCCUCCAUCACAGCCUAUGGUUUGUGGAUGAGCUGCUAUUGAAGGCAAGGAAGACCCUCUGUGGUGAAUUCUCUUGGGAAAGUAUGGACCAUAGCCUACCAUGUAGGACAUUCUUAAUGGGUUUUCACCUAAUAUGUAAUCUACCUGAAGUUUUACAAUAAAUUUUGUCAACCAUGGAAUAGGCAAAAGAGAAGUGGAUAUUGAACUUACAAAUUUUUGUGAAGAGCAUUACCUGUCUUUUUGCAAUGCUUCUUAGGGUAUUUGGAGUGACCAAAACACCUCCACAGUUAAAUGUGUGUUUUGUAGCUGCCAUGUACUUUGAAUAGGUUGUAAGCAAAAAUGUUAUUGAAGUCACAUACUGGAGGUUGCUUUCAGGAAGCUUGUACAUGAGUCCCCCUGCCCACAAAAAGUACUUGAGAAUUUCAUUUUGUGAAUUUUCUUAUUGUUGCUAAUGAAUGACUUAGAUUGAUCUAAUUGUGUAACAUUACUUCUGUGAAACUCAGUGAUGUUGUUGCCUUUUUACCUUGUGUAUAUUGUGUACUAGAGGAAGGAGAGUUGGGCAGGAUCUUGCACAUAAAAUUCUCAGCUUCUUGUUUGUAUUGAUCAAAAUUCUUAUCGCCAUUCAGCAAUGCUCUCUGCAGUAAUAAUACACAAUAAAUCAGAUAACAUCAUACAAACAAGUUGAUUCUAGAUAUUUUUCAAUUGCAUCACAUGGAGAGUAUGAUGUACCCUGGAGAGAAGAACAUGAGCACCGGCAUAUUUGUUGUCCCAACUGAAGAUAUCUGGUUGAUCAUCAGCUCCCAAGGACUUCACCAAAUUGUAGUAGUAAACAGCAUUUGUCGCUCUGAAAAGCCAUGCAGCCCCCCACAACAGUUCAUCCUGAAAAUAAUCAAAGGUUAGUAAGAUCGCACUAUUUGCCAAGUAAUUAGUCUUAUGCACUGUUAGUAUAAAUGUCUUUUACAUUGUCAUCCAAUCACAAAUUUGUAUGAUAAGUUUGAUAACUUUUAGAAUAACUGUUUUGAAAAUCACACCUACUAUGAUUUUUUAGUGAUUGACUGACUGGGUAAAAUGCUUUAUUUAGACUGACAGUAUGUAGAACUUAAACUCUUAUUUUCUCUUAAUAAUGCACGCCUACCACUCAAUUUUGAGUGAAAGGAAAAUAGCAGGAAGGAACACAGAAGCAAGUAACUAUAAAAAAAAGGGUUUUACCUUGAAACCAGAAUAUGAGCAGUAAAAUGGGCAAACUGCUGAUCCAAGUGAAUCACUAUAUGAACCUUGGUACUGCAAAGCAAAGUGGUAGACCUGCUGGGCUGUCCUUAACAACUGCUUAGAGUAUGUUGGGUCAACCCUUCUGAAGACAAUGGAUGCAGCAGCAAGUGCAGCAGCAGUUUCUGCAGCCACAUCUGAGCCAGGCUUAUUGGGAGAGACCCAAUACACAGUUCUGACAGUGUCCAUGUCCUCUGGCCUUUCCCAACAUUUGUGGUCCACAUUUGGGUCUCCAACCCCAACAUAGAGCUUCCCAGGUGUGGAUGUGGCACACUUGAGAAGGUAGUCUGUGGCCCAACGAAUUGCAGCUCUUGCCUCUUUUAUCUGUCCUCCCAUUCUCUUCCCAUAUUCAAUUGUUCCCCAUGACAGCAUGGUGGUCGUGUAAGCCAUUGGAAAGUUGAACUUCACAUUGUCUCCUGCAUCAUAGUAACCUCCACUUAAAUCCACCUGCCAUACAAAGUUUGGAUACGGUCAGACACUUCCUUGUUCAACUGAAUCAUAUGAAACUGAUGAUUACUUUCCUGAAGACUUUUAGAUGGAUUUGUUGAAUGUUUAUAAUCUAAUUAUAUGCUGUAACAUCAUGAACAGAUAUGAAGAUCAUAUUUAUCAGUUCAAUUAUUAAUAUGUUAUGAUAACUAUGCUACCACCACUACAAAGUAUUGCAAUAUUCCUCAUACAGUUUUUUUUAUUAUUAGAAAAGAUCA